AUGCGUCGGUCGCUCCCAAAACUACAACGACUCUUUAACAAACGACAAACCCGAAAAAUUUCAGACGCAGACGGAGCUGGAUAUCUUUAUGCAUAUGUGAACAACAAGGAAUGGAAAAUCGGAACCACGAACGACUUCUUUCGUCGCCAAAAGCAGUGGGACAAAAGUUGCCCCGACAUCUCAAGACUAUGGUUACCUCCAAUCAAAGUCGCGAAUCGACGAAGAGCCGAAAGCCUAGCCCAUUUAAUGCUGGAAAUUGCAUGCAUCAACCGACCACGCACGUAUUGUCAUCUUUGUCGACGAAAACACGUUGAAAAAUUCUUGUUUACUCAAAGUUGGACCGUCGCCUGGAUCACAAUCAUUGAACCGAUUUUGUUAACCGCGGCUACUGCUUGA